UGGAAUGCAGUAACUUUAUCUCAAUUAAGUUCCUUAUCAUGGUUAGGUACAUCGUCGUAGCUUUAACCCACUAGUGGGGAACAAAAAGAAAAGAUUCUUUAGAAAAGCAUCCAAUGGUGAAGAACCUUUUCUUUUAGAAAAGAUAUAAUAUUCAACACCACAACGUUGAGCUGAGAGUUGAAGUGAAGAGUGUUGAAGCAUGCCAAAUCUACUCAUAAAAGUUCACCUUACCAAGAACCAACCAACCCAACUUUUCCAACAAGUUCAUUUCCUUUCCUUUGCGUUUCUACUCCGAUAAUCACUUGUUUGUUCCUGAGAUCAUGGCAUUAGCCGUGGUAGGUGGUGCACUUCUCUCUGCUUUCCUUGACGUUCUUUUUGAAAGGCUAGCUUCCCCUGAGCUUGUGAGCUUGAUCCGUGGAAAGAAGCCUGACAAGUUGCUUCAGAAGGUGGAGAACCAGCUGAUAGUCCUUAGAGUUGUGCUUGCUGAUGCUGAGAAUCGACAAAUCACGGACUCCAAUGUCAAAAAGUGGCUAGAUGUUCUCAUAGAUGUUGUCUACGAGGUUGACGACUUACUUGAUGAAGUUUCUACUAAAGCUGCUACUCAAAAGGAGGUAAGCAAUUCCUUUUCUCACAUUUUCAAUAGGAAGACGAUUGUUAGUAUUAGUAAGUUGGAAGACAUAGCUGAAAGAUUAGAUGAGAUUUUAAAACAAAAGGAGAGUCUUAAUUUGAAGGAGAUUCCAGUGGAGAGCAACCAGCCAUGGAAACCUCAGCCAACAUCUCUGGAAGAUAGGUAUGGUAUGUACGGUAGAGACGCAGACAAGGAGGCCAUUAUGAAGUUACUGUUAGAGGAUAGUAUUGACGGUGAAGAAGUGUCCGUGAUCCCUAUUGUAGGCAUGGGUGGGGUUGGAAAAACCACUUUGGCCCGAUCUGUGUAUAACGAUGGCAAACUGACUCAGAUAUUUGAUCUAAAGACAUGGGUUUGUGUUUCUGAUAUAUUUGAUACUGCGAAGGUCACAAAAACUAUGAUAGAGGAAAUUACCAAGAUGCCUUGUAAUUUGAAUGAUCUAAAUUUACUUCAACUGGAAUUGAUGGACAAACUAAAAGGUAAAAGAUUUUUUAUUGUCUUGGAUGAUGUUUGGAUUGAGGACUCUGAUAAUUGGAAUAGUCUUACAAAACCAUUUCUAAGUGGGAUUAGGGGAAGUAAAGUUCUCGUGACAACCCGCAAUGAAAGUGUGGCGGCUGUAGUCCCUUUUCAUGUUGUUAAAGUAUAUCAUCUAAACCAAUUGUCAAAUGAAGAUUGUUGGUUGGUGUUUGCAAAUCAUGCAUUUCCUUUCUCUGAAGAAACUGAGAAUAGAGAAACUCUAGAAAAGAUUGGAAAGGAGAUUGUUAAAAAGUGUAAUGGGUUGCCUUUAGCUGCACAGUCACUUGGAGGAAUGCUGAGAAGAAAGCACGCUAUUAGGGAUUGGAAUAAUGUACUUGAAAGUGACAUUUGGGAACUUCCUGAAAGUCAGUGUAAAAUUAUUCCAGCACUCAGAAUAAGUUAUAAUCAUCUCCCUCCACAUUUAAAACGGUGUUUUGUAUAUUGCUCACUAUACCCUAAGGAUUACGAAUUCCAAAAGAAUGAAUUGAUCCUGCGGUGGAUGGCUGAAGAUCUCGUAAAAGCACCAAGAAAAGAAAAAACUUUGGAAGAAGUUGGUCAGGAAUAUUUUGAUGAUUUGGUUUCAAGAUCGUUUUUUCAAUGUUCAAGAAUUCAGAGUCCGGGUUAUUUUGUAAUGCAUGACCUGAUGCAUGAUCUAGCAACAUUUCUUGGCGGGGAAUUCUAUUUCAGAGCAAAUGAACUUGGAAAAGAAACCAAAAUUGAUAGAAAGACUCGUCAUUUGUCUUUUGGAAGAUUCAGUGAUCCGGUCUCCGAUAUUGAAGCUUUUGAGACAGCCAAGUUUCCAAGAACGUUCUUGCCGAUCAAUUAUAAAGAGUCUCCAUUCAACAACGAAAAGGCACCACAUAUUAUAGUGUCAAUGCUUAAGUACUUGAGAGUUUUAAAAUUUGGUGACUACAAAAGUAAGCUUGCUCUGCCUGAUUCAAUCGGUGAAUUGAUCCAUUUGCGUUACUUAGAUCUCAGUUAUACAACUAUAGCAAUGCUGCCAGAGUCAUUGUGUAAUUUGUACAAUCUACAAACUUUGAAGUUGCGUUCUUGCCUUAGUCUGACUAAGUUACCGAGAGACAUGCAAAAUCUUGUAAACUUGCGUCAUCUUCAAAUAUAUGGUACUCCCAUAAGUGAGAUGCCAAAAAGAAUGGGAAAACUAAAUCAUAUGCAAAAAUUGGAUUUCUACGUGGUGGGCAAGCAUAAAGAGAAUAGCAUCAAAGAACUAGGAGGACUUCCAAAUCUCCAUGGUUAUUUUAAUAUUAAGAAAUUAGAGAGUGUUAGUGAAGGUGAAGAAGCACUGGAAGCCAGGAUAAUGGAUAAGAAGCACAUUACCAAUUUAUUGUUGGAAUGGUCUGUACCUAACGAUGAUAUCAUCGAUUUCCAAAAUGAAUUAGAUGUACUCGACAAGUUACAGCCUCAUUAUGACUUGAAAUGGCUGUCAAUAAUCGGUUAUAAAGGAACCAGAUUUCCGGAAUGGGUGGGGACUUUUUCCUACCAACAUAUAAUAAAUCUGUACUUCAAAAAUUGUAACAACUGUUCCAAGCUUCCUUCACUUGGCCAUCUACCGUCUCUCAAGGUCCUCCGUAUUUCAGACAUGAAUUCGCUGAAGACUAUUGAUGUAGGCUUUUAUAAGAAGGAUGAUUUUUCAUCUAUGACGCCCUUUCCAUCCCUUGAAUCUCUGUUCAUUAAUAAUAUGCCUUGUUGGGAGGUGUGGAGUGCUUUUGAUUCGGAAGCUUUUCCUGUGCUCAAGGAAUUGGAUAUAGAAAACUGCCCCAAACUAAGGGGAGAUUUGCCAGAUCAUAUUCCUGCUUUGAAAAUACUCACAAUUCGCAAUUGCGAGCUUCUUGUCUCUUCUGUUCCAGGAGCUCCCGCCCUUCAAACAUUGAACAUAAGUAAGAGCAACAAAUUAGCAUUUCAUGUGUUUCCUAUCUUGGUAGAACGUAUAGAAAUAGAAGGAAGGCCAAUGGUGGAGUCUGUGAUGGAGGCCAUCACUAACAUUCAACCUACUUCCCUCCGUCACUUGUCAUUAGAGGAUUGUUCGUCAUCCAUAUCUUUUCCAGGUGAUCGUCUUCCUGCAUCGUUGAAAACUCUGUAUAUCAUGAGUUUAAGCGAAUUGAAAUUCCCUGUGCUAGAGAAACACGAAUUACUGGAGUCACUGACAAUCAUUGAUAGUUGUGAUUCCCUAAAGUCUCUCUCACUGGUUAUCUUUCCAAAUCUCACAAGUCUUAAAAUCAAUAACUGUGAAAAUAUGGAAUCACUUUCGAUUUCAGGGUCAGAGUCGUUGAAGAGUUUGGACUUAUUUGAGAUUGCCCAGUGCCCCAACUUUGUAUCAUUCCCGAGAGAAGGAAUGUCUGCACCCAAUUUAACUCGUUUCAUUGUUUAUGAUUGUGACAAGUUGAAGUCGUUGCCCGAUCAUAUGGGAACUCUUUUCCCAAAGUUGGAAUAUCUCCGCAUAACCAACUGCCAACAAAUUGAGUGCUUUCCCACAGGGGUUAUGCCAUCUAACUUGAGAACAAUUGAGAUCGGUAAUUGUGAGAAACUAUUGAGUGACCUACGAUGGAUAUCGAUGGACAUGGUUACCUCUCUGAAUGUUCUCGGUCCAUGUGAUGGCAUCAACUCCUUUCCAAUGGAAGGUGUGCUGCCUCCAUCUCUUACGUCUCUGCAUCUAUUUGGUUUCUCUAGUCUGGAGAUGUUAGAGUGCAAGGGCCUUCUCCAUCUCAAGUCGCUACAAGAAUUGGGCAUUUUUAAUUGUAAAAACCUACAGAAUAUCAGUGGUGAAAGACUGCCUGUCUCUCUAACAAAAUUAAGCAUAGCAAAAUGUCCCUUGCUGCAAAAACGAUGCAACAGAAAGGACCGUCAAAUUUGGCCUAAAAUCUGCCAUGUCCGUGGGAUAAACAUUGACCGUAGGUGGAUUUAAUGAGGAAGGAUGAUGAGCAGUUUGUGCGCGUGGCAUUGUGCAGAACACCGAAAAUGUUGCAUACUCUUCAACUGCUAGACAUAUCUGAAGUGUUGUUUUUCUCAAUAAUCGUAAUGAAGAUGGCAGAGUGGCUGAGAUAAGGAGAGAGGGAGCAAUAAAACAUCGAAGAGAAUAACAGUGAUCCAUGUGAGGAGUAUAACACUUGAAACAACAUGAGCAUGCAGACACUAAAUCAUGAUGGCUGGGA